AUGGCGAUUACACGUCAGCAAGAGCUCCGCAAAGGGAUGAAGCCGCACAGAGUAUCCAAAAGGACCAUUGCUACGAAAAAAUCUCCCAACAUCUCGAACAAGUACAAGCUCUCUUCACGGAUUAUCGAUCUCAUCAAGCAAAAUGCCACGGAUGAAGAUAUCAAAAGCCAUAUUGCAAUUGAAGAAAUAGCGCGGGAUUGCAAUUACAAAACUGUAUGGGAUUGGGCUGAAUUCUUGUUGUGGCUUUACAAAAAUGGAGGAAUGUCUCUGGACACAAAGACCUCAAAGAGCCAUCAAACUGUUGAGGACCUUAUGAGGAAAUGGGAGAUUCCUACGCCAAUCAAGACCGUCAUGAGGGAUAUCAAAUUUGGCAAAAACCUCGGAGGUCUGCCCUAG